UUUGAAUCGCUUGCCCGUGUCACAAGUCGAAAGCGUGAAGUGAACCCUCUCAUCGAAACUUUCCGCCACAGCCUGCCCAACCUGAACCCUAACAACACCACACCCAAACCAAACCCCAACCCACCAAUUUCCAACAUGGCAUCAAGGCGCGGAGCACCAGAAGAGAAACCAUUGCUCGCCACCCCGGACGUCCCAGCAGGCCCAUCAGACACGAGUCCUGCGGUGCCUAGCCACAUCAUAACCAAACUCCUCGCCUUCUCCGCCGCGCUCUUCUUCUUGCCAAUUGCCAGCUACUUCCUUACGCGCGACGUCGUGUUCAAAGGCAACGCAGCGUACGCCGGCGGCUUCGCCGCGCUGGUGGCCAAUGUAGUGCUGGUGGGGUAUAUUGUCGUGGCCUUUCUGGACGACAAGAAGGAGCAGGAGGUGUUGGAUGCGGAGACGAAGAAGGAGCGGUAGUUGGGGCGGGCAAGCAGAUUUCUAUCGCGUGUAUGCCACUGCUUUCCUGGCCCGGAUCACGAGAUUAUCAACAUCGACUCGGUCUUUCACAAACGCCUUCUCGCCAGGAGAAGACUGGACUAGGAGAGUGAUCGGCUUCAGAGACAUGGUGAGUUGCCACCGGCAAAACAGAAACC